AUUCAUAAUGACGCAGUAGUGCGCCAGUAAAAAGCAAUCAUAGAGUAUUUUACUGUAAUUUUUAUCGAUAAUAAAUAGUAAUUCAUUUAAUCUGUAUUUUGCAGUACGAGUACGAAAGUAAUCCAAACUUGUUUCGUUAACUGUGCAAGAAAAAUCAUUCCCGAUAAGCCAUUCUGAAGCCCAAUGUGCAUGUGUUAAAAUGUGUUUAAUGUGACUGUCAAGUAUGAACAAGACUUACUGGCGUCUUUGCGUAUACUUUAGCCGAGUCUAGCGUAUUUUUUUAAAUUUUAUCUCCUUGUUCUUUUGGUUUUGUGUUCCGUUUUCACAUUUCGCUUCCGCGCCAGUUUUAUUGAUAUUCCUUUGCGAUCGUCCACUCGGUUCUUCAUUUUUUCAUCAGCUCUGGUAGGCGUCGCUUCUGUACAUCGCUUUUGAAGUCACGAGCAAAGACAUUUAGAGAGUCAAAAUUCGACUGCUUGGACAAUGGGUGAGGACGAUCAGGAAGGUAGAAGCCAGCGUGUUCUUCAGUUUGAACCCUUUUCGUCGUGCAUUGAUGCUGGUUUUUGGAGUGUGAUUACGAAAAAGAAAUUGGAAGAUUACGGUUUGGAUGAAUCGUUUCGGAAGAUUUACGGAACUUAUACAAUAGGAAGUUCUGCGAAUCUCCCGUGUUUGAUCAAUUUGGAUCAUGAUGCGACUAGGGACCAAACAACUUUUGGAGCGCGAUGGUAUCCCGUUUAUGGGAAAUUGCGGAUAUUUAAUACGAUUGAAAAUUUUCGAGAUGCUGAUAAGCAAAUGUUAGCUUCCGACGCUGCAUCCGAUAUAUGGCAAAUUAUAACGUCUGGCGAAGCUUUAAAAAAUCCCUCUCUUCUAAGCCGGUUUUACAUGCUGUGCUUCCUGGACCUGAAGAAAUACAUCUACAAUUACUGGUUCCUUUUCCCAGCACUCGUAUUUCCCGACAAAUGGGUACAUGAACGGGAGGCUAGAAGAGUGGGCAGCGUUUUUUCUGAGCAGGAAUUGACAGAUAUCAGCACUUUCGUGGAUAAACUGUGCUACCAACACAAUGCCUUCCUUAUUUCCCAUGAAACUCCGCUAAGACUGUGCCUACUGGAAGAACUUCCUGUGUUGUUAUCGGGCAGUGCUCAGAUUACGUUUGUUGUUUGUGAUGCUUCGGUACUGCCUGACAAUCCGGGAUGGACAGCCAGAAAUGUGAUGGCGUUGUUAGCUUACCAUAUUCGGCGUCAUCCAUCGUACAAGCACAUGCAGAUCCUCUGUUACCGCGAUAGGUUUCGCGACGGUGUGCGGGACAUCUCUCACAGUGUGGUGUUUGAUUUGAGGCCGGUGUUUAGUCCCAAGCAGGCUGCAGAAAAUGUUGCGGUGCCGAAUGGUGUUGGAUGGGAAAAGAACGAGAAAGGCAAACUGGGGCCGCGUCAGGUUGAUCUGAGCGGUCAGCUGGAUCCAAUAAAACUGGCGGAGCAAGCAGUUGAUUUGAACCUUAAACUGAUGCGAUGGCGAUUAGUUCCGGAACUGGAUUUAGCAAAAACUGCUGCUGUCAAAUGCUUGAUUGUGGGAUCGGGUACCCUUGGGUGCAACGUUGCAAGAUGCUUAAUGGGUUGGGGAAUAAAUAAUUUGACGUUCAUCGAUAAUGCCCGGGUAUCAUACUCUAAUCCCGUAAGACAGAGUUUAUUUACCUUUGAAGACUGUUUGAAUGGCGGAAAAAUAAAAUCACAAGCGGCAUCUGACGGAGUGAAGAGGAUUUUUCCCAGUAUGAAUUCGGUUGCGCAUCAGUUCAGCAUUCCUAUGCCGGGCCAUCCUGUUAGUGAGCACGUGCGGGAUAAAACGGCCGAAACUAUUCGCGCUCUGGAAAGUCUUGUUGAUGAGCAUGAUGUGCUUUUUCUUCUUAUGGAUACAAGAGAAAGUCGUUGGCUUCCCACCUUACUGGGGGCAGCGAAAAGAAAGAUUGUAAUCAACGCUGCUUUGGGAUUUGAUUCGUAUUUGGUUAUGAGGCACGGUAUGAUCCAUGAAAACAUUCCAACAUCCGACAAGGCUGUUCGGCAAAGAUUGGGUUGUUAUUUCUGUAAUGAUGUCGUCGCACCCGGUAAUUCCACGAGGGAUCGGACCCUUGAUCAGCAGUGCACGGUUACCCGACCCGGUAUUUCCAUGAUCGCCGCCGCACUGGCAGUAGAGUUGCUGGUCACUUUACUUCAGCAUCCUCUUGAGGCGGAAGCACCAGCGGAUGUCGCCAGUGAAGAUAGCUAUUUUCCAUCGGAUGCAGAUUCGGUUUUGGGAAUGGUUCCACAUCAAAUUCGUGGUUUCCUUUCCCGUCAUAAAACGGUUUUGCCGGCCACAUAUGCAUUUGAUAAGUGUACCGCAUGUUCGGACAUUGUAAUUCAAGAGUAUCGCAGCAGAGGCAUGGAAUUUCUCUUUGAUGUUUUUAAUGGCCCAGCUUCGUUUUUGGAAGAUUUGACUGGAUUAAGCAAACUGCAUGCCGAUUCUGAGAAAGCCGAAAUCUUAGACUUUAGUGAUGAUGAAAGUAUCACCAGCGUUCCGGAGCCGGUCAACUGAUUGAUGCGUUCCACAGCAUUUAUUGCUUUAUGCAUACAUUUCCGGGAACGAUCAAUUCAGAGUUUUCAAAUUAAAAACUGAGA